UUGCGAUUUGAUCUAUGGUCAGCCUCGUCAAUUUUCGUUCUGGUCGAUGAUGAAAGUGGGGUGAAUCUCUUAGUCAAAGGUGGGGUAGCAACGCGUCUCGUCCGAGUCGUCCGACACCUUUCUGCUUUCCUCGCAUAUACAGGUCAGGUUCGAGUAUUAUAAAUACUAAAUUGACUGCAAGUCUUAUUUCUUUUGACUAAAUAUCUUCAAAGUCACAACAACCAAAAUGCUAGAAGUAAUCAGCACCGGCACACCCCAUCAAAUCGGGCUCUCCCACGGCUCAACCGCCAGCAAGGAAAUAUCCCGCUCAAUAAUCUUCUACCAAAACCUCUUUGCCGCAAAAUGCCACAUGGAUUGGGAAACUGUAAAGUCAUUUGUGCUGAAAUACCACCCAUAUUUAUCCUCCGACUGGAAAGACUAUGUUGAAGAAAUGGAAGGCGUGGCUAAAGGAGCUGGAGUCACUUAUGCGGAUAUCCUGGCCCUUAAUGUGAGGACUGAGAUUGCCUUUGGGGCGUUCGCUGAUGGAUGUACGGCUUUGAGUUGGAGGGGAGGGGAGAGCUCUGUUUUGGCGCAGAAUUGGGAUUGGAAUACUGAGCAAUCUGAAAACCUCAUCUCUCUGAAAAUCAAGAAAGAGAAUGGAUUGAUUAUCCAAAUGAUCACAGAAGCAGGAAUCAUUGGCAAGAUUGGAAUGAACUCCAAUGGCGUGGGAUGUACGCUCAAUGCUCUGAAAGCAAAGGGUGUCUCGUUUACCAAAUUACCUUGCCAUCUUGCGUUACGGACUGUGAUGGAAAGCCAAUCUCGAGAAGCAGCUAUUGCUACCUUGGAGAAAGCAGGUGUAGCGAGUGCUUGUCAUAUUCUUGUUGCAGACGUUACAGGUGGUACGGGACUGGAAUGCAGCAGUGAAGAUGUGGUUCAAAUUCCCAUGAACAAAGAAGGGAUUGUUACACAUACAAAUCACUGUAUUGUUCCUCAUGUUGAAGGCUUUGUAGAGGAGCCAGACUGGUUGCCUGAUACAAGAUACAGGCUGAGGAGGAUCAAUGAGUUGUUGAAUGCUGCCAAGGAAGAAGAGCCAAGUGUGGAUGUUGUUGAUAAGAUGCUUUGUGAUGAAGUAGAAGGGGAAGGGGCAUCCAUUUGUCGAUUUGAGGGUAAGGAUAGAUUGGCUACUUUAUUCAGCAUUGCCAUGGAUUUGAAGAACAAGAGGGCUAAGAUUAGUGUGGGGCGGCCAGCUGCACCAAGAGAGAAGCUGGUGUUUAACCUGGCUUGAAGAGAAUUGAGUAUAUUGGUAAUAACAAAAACGAUUGCCGUAGCAUUGUGGCAAGAUGCUGUGCCUCCAGGCAU